AUGAAUCCACCACCUUAUAAAGUAAAUGUGAUUGGUAAAAAAAAUAAUGCGUUUGUUUGGGAUCCUGAAGUUGUCCAAAUUCUUCGAAAAAAUUAUAGAAUAUUAGGAUUUUUAGUUGGAAGUUUACCAAGAUUGCCUUUACAAAAUCAAUUCCUAGGUUUACCCUUGAGAUUGAUGCCUGAAGAGACGACUUUAUUAUUAUCUAAAGGAUUUUAUCCAAAAAUUAAUAUUAAAACAUCUUCUAAAUCAUUGAAAUGGUAUAAUGACGAUGAUAAUAAAUUUAAAACCUUGGAGUUGGCUAAACAGUCAAAAGUAUGGACAUGGCCAGAAACACCACAAGAAGAAUAUAAAUAUAAAAUUUAUUGUGAUCUGUGGAAUAAAGGAUAUUUUAUUUCUAGUGGAUUAAAAUUUGGCGGUGAUUAUUUAUUAUAUCCUGCAUUAGUGAUGGAGACAAAUAAAUCAAUAACACCAUUGGAUAUUAUAACAUUUGGUAGAUUGGCAACUAAUGUAAAAAAAUCAUUUAUGGUUUGUGGUUGGGAUGAAAAGGAACAAAAAUCAAUUUAUCAUUGUAUAGAAUGGUCAGGAUUUGGUUCAACUUUAACACAUCAUUGGGCUAUUCAAGCAUGUAGUGCUGUAACUG